UUGGAGUCGAAUAUUGAUGCUGAACAAGAGAAACAGGCGGAGGAAAACUCCGCUGAAUACUCGCGUGUGAGCCAAUAACGCCCACGGGGAGGUGAAUGGAGGAAAGAUGGCGAAGAAGGCAAUAACGGUCUUCCCGGUGGUGGUGUCCAUACUCAUAUGGUUGUAUAGGAGUCAUUGGCUCGAGGAUUCUUCGAUCGAGUCGACACAGAUAGUGACGACGCCAUGGUCAUUAUCAACAUUGGACAACAACAACAACAACAACAACAACAACAACAACAACAACAACAACAUCAGCAGCGCGGGUGUCAGCUGGGAACAUCACAGCGGUCAGUUUGACCCAAGGGACUUCCCGAUUGCAGUGCUAUCGUACCUGGCCAAAGGCGGUGACGGCUCUAUCCCAAUAAACAGCUGGAAUGACCUCUUGAACGUGUCUGCCAAACCUGAGAUUGGUCAAUAUUGGCUGGAGAGACAUCCGAUUGAACAACUCAUGACGCUGAAUUCGUACGAUUCCCGCUUAUACCCUGUGGAAUACAACACUGGUGAGUCUGUACUAUCCUCAAUACCUGAAAGGAUCGAUUCCUUGCAAGAGCUUAUCAAUGCCACACUGGGCAAUAGCCGUGGUGUCGUUCACCACCAAUCUAUGGAGCUUUCCAGAGAGGACUUCAUGCUUGAUUCCACCCCGAUGGAGGAUGUGCACUACAGGUACUUCAAGGAGGGGAUCCUUGUGAAGAAAAGGGGAUUGGCUCAUUAUGAGGCACGGUUCUACGAGUGUAAACUGACUCCAAUUGCAAGAGUUUCAACGUUACACCGUAUUGUACGCGCAUGGUCGAGAUUCACCGCUGCGUAUGGGCUUAAAACCUGGAUUGCUCAUGGCUCGUUACUAGGAUACUACUUCAACGGGCUGAUAUUCCCCUGGGAUGACGAUCUGGACGUUCAGGUCACCGCCAAAUCGUUCAUGGAGCUGGUGAAACUGAACAACACUUUGGUGCUCGACUUCACAGAUGUGGAUGCCAUUGGAACAUAUGUCAUCGACAUCAACCCGUGGUUUGCCAAUAGGGUGAAGGACUCUGACAACAAGAUCGACGCCAGGUUCAUAGAUACACAGACAGGGCUGUAUAUCGAUAUAACCACGCUCACCACUGAUAGCCAGUUGCCUAGUGAUCUGGAAGAUGGCGAGACUCAAGAGUUGUACAAGGUGUUCAACCCAUAUCACGAGCCGGACGCAAUUACAGAACUGGAGGUGUAUGAGUCUGAAAUGGCACACAAGGUUAACUUGUCGAUAACGAACAACUCCUUAAUAUCGUGUAAGGAUAACCAUUUCUACACCUGGAGCGAGUUGUCACCGUUGAUUCCAACGGUGUUUGAAGGGACCAUCGUGUAUAUCCCCAACAACGUUGAACCUGUUCUGCUGAGGGAGUACGGCAGAAGGAGCCUCUACCUCCACGAUUUCAAGGGCUUCCACUUUGACAGGCACCAACGGACAUGGAGCCAUCCUACAAUUCUUAGCGAAUACAACGGUAUAAUGGAGAAUUUCAUUGAGAAUCAUUAUCAAGUGCUGCAAACCACCUUCAAGAAACACACGUUCCAUGAAGGCCUGUUACGGCAGUAUCCUAUAUUCCGUACCGGUUCAAAUGAAGAUCAUCAACAGAUAUGUACAUGACAGAAAGACAAAGCACACGCAUAUGUGUAUAUAGUGCUCAGAGCUCCAAGGAAGAGAUCAUUUCAAUUGCUUCUGAACAAAAUGGACAAUGAUAGGGGUAAGCCAUAAGGUGGCACCGAUCGCCAAAGAUGUGUAGAGCGUGUUGUUUGUAGCAGCUUGGUGAGCUUUCUUCUGCUCGUCAGACAAUGGUUGACCUCCACCGAACAUUUCUUCUGUGCUGUGUAUAUGUUUUUUAUCCAAUUGCUUGGUGAUGUUUGAGAGAUGUGGAAAGUGUGUGUUUUGGAAGAUUUUGGACGAUUUUCUCAAAGGAGCCAGGCGAUGGCGGUAGAGAAAGGCAAAAA